UUCUUCUUCUUCAGGGUUUCCAUUUACUAAUCGGUCUUACCUUAAUGUUCUUGAUUGUUGAUUUUCAUUGGCAGUUUUCUCCUUGCAAGUAAUUUGGUCAUUAUCUUUUAGAUAUCAGCUAAUGGUUUAUAUCAUUUAUGCCUCUUGAUUAUAUGUUAAGCUUUGAAGUCGAUGGAGUUUGGAUUUUUCACUUGUAGGAUAUUGUCUGUGAUUUUUCUUCUCUUAGCGGGAAAAUGUAGAUCCUUGUACCUUCCCAACAAUGCAAUGUUAUAUAUUCAGCACCGAUGUAGAUUAUUGUUCCUCCAAAUUGGUGAAAACAAAUAGGGUUUCUUUUUGUUAUUGUUGGGAUGUCAUUUCCCUACAAAUACACUGCCCAUAUCAGCUUUGUCUGGCACGAUUUCUACAUUCUUUGUCAAUAUUGCUUGUUAAUCCUACAAUGUCAAUGAUAAGCCAUCACAACUAAGUGUGAUGUUUCCCAGAAUCUAUCUCAUGUCUUUUUUUCUUCUUUUUGUACGGCUGUAGAUUGGCCAGUAUGCUACGUGGAUUUUUCUGCAAGCGUAGAAAAGAAAGUACUGGUCCUAAUAGUUACUUGGGUCAAAUUUAUUUAUUUUUCUUUUUUUUUUUUAAAUAAUUUUCUGUUAUUGUGGUUUUUGUGCCUAAAUUAAAGGUUGGAAAACUAAAAUAUUUCUGUAUGCUUUUGCAGUAGCUUUGCAUGGAUACGUACCUGUUUUUAUCUCAGCCUGCCUUGAAAUUUCGAACUCUGUUGUAGUUAUUGAUUUUAGUAUUUUCACCGUUCACCUGGAACUGAUGUUUAUGGUUUCUCUUUAGUAUAUUCAGGUUUUCUUUGAAGAUUUCUUUUAAUGUACUGCACUUGGGAUUAUUAGAUUUGAUGUGCAACCUUCUCCUUUAUGAUGGGCUUCUCAUUGUUGAAGUUCAUGAGUUUAACAGUUCUUUUUAAUAAUUCUAUUUAUGUCUUGCAUGUGCAAUUUUAUCCUGUGGGGAUUUUGGAUUGUCUAAAUCUUGCUCACGGAUGAACUCUCGAAAGUGGAAGAAAAGCUCAAGUUAACAGAAUCUCUUCUAGAAAGCAAAAAUCUUGAAAUAAAGAAAAUCAAUGAUGAGAAGAAGGCUUCCAUGGCAGCUCAGUUUGCAGCUGAAGCAACUCUUCGAAGAGUUCAUGCUGCUCAGAAGGAUGAUGAUAUGCCUCCCAUUGAAGCCAUUCUUGCACCUUUGGAGGCUGAGCUUAAGCUUGCUCGCCAAGAGAUCACAAAGCUUCAAGAUGACAACAAGGCAUUGGAUCGUCUGACAAAAUCAAAAGAAGCUGCAUUACUUGAAGCUGAGAGGACCAUUCAAGUUGCAUUGGCUAAGGCCUCUAUGGUGGAUGAUCUCCAAAAUAAGAACCAAGAGCUAAUGAAACAGAUAGAAAUUUGUCAGGAAGAAAAUAAAAUUUUAGACAAAAUGCAUAGGCAAAAAGUUGCAGAGGUUGAAAAGCUUACCCAAACUGUGAGGGAACUGGAAGAAGCAGUUCUUGCUGGUGGAGCAGCUGCAAAUGCUGUGAGGGAUUACCAACGGAAAGUUCAGGAGAUGAAUGAGGAAAGAAAAACUCUUGACCGAGAGCUGGCCCGUGCAAAAGUAACAGCAAACAGAGUGGCCACAGUGGUAGCAAAUGAAUGGAAAGACGCAAAUGACAAAGUCAUGCCUGUCAAACAAUGGCUUGAAGAACGAAGAUUUUUGCAGGGAGAAAUGCAGCAACUUCGUGACAAGCUUGCUAUUACUGAGCGAACUGCAAAGUCUGAGGCACAAUUGAAAGAAAAAUACCAGUUGAGGCUCAAAGUGCUAGAAGGAAGCUUGAGAGGGUCGUCCAGUAGUAAUAGGAGUGCACCAGAGGGAAGAAGUGUAAGCAAUGGGCCUUCUCGUCGCCAGUCCUUAGGUGGGGCUGAUAACAUCUCAAGAUUGACCUCCAAUGGCUUCUUGUCCAAGAAAACACCAACAUCUCAUUUGAGAUCUUCCUUAUCCUCUAGUACCAAUUCAGUGCUUAAGCAUGCUAAAGGAACGUCAAAAUCAUUUGAUGGCGGCACCAGAUCUUUGGAUAGGGGUAGUAGGGUGCUCCUUAAUGGCACCAGCCCCCAUCGUUCAUUUAACCAACCUUCUGACAGAACCAAGGAUGCUGACGAACCUAAUUCUUGGAAAGGAAAUCCUGAUGAGAAGCCCAAUGAGUUCCCGGCAGCAGAGACUGAGGAUAGAAUUCCAGGGAUAUUGUAUGAUUUGCUGCAAAAAGAGGUCAUAGCUUUGAGGAAAGCUGGUCAUGAAAAAGAUCAAAGCCUCAAAGAUAAGGAUGACGCAAUUGAGAUGUUAGCAAAGAAAGUAGAAACAUUAACUAAAGCAAUGGAAGUUGAGGCAAAGAAGAUGAGAAGAGAAGUAGCUUCCAUGGAGAAGGAAGUUGCUGCCAUGCGUGUAGAGAAAGAACACGAGAAUAGGGCGAAACGGUUUGGUAAUUCUAAAGGGCCUGUCACUGCUGCUCAGCUGCUUCCUGGAAGGAAUGUGGCACGUGGUGGGUUAACACGCAACACGCAAUGACAAUAAAUUCCUCUCUUAUAAUCAGUGAGGCAUAAAACUGCAUAGGCCUUGUUUUUUAGUUCUUUUUUAUAUUUUUUAUUUUCCUCUUGCGCCAGUGAUUGAUUACAAAAUUGUAACUCGCAUGCUGAUGACCCAUGUUACAUUGUAAUUUGCAAAGAAAGUAAAUCAGGAAGACAACAGUAUCAGAGGAAGGAAAUUGGCAUGCUUCUGACAUAGACUGUUAUUCCUCUGCUUAGAGAUCAGCGAACAGAAAAAAAAAAGAUAUAAAAAUGGGAAGAAAUUGACUUUGGGCUAACCUUUUGUCAGGUUUUUCUUUUGAGUGGGCAGUGAUGGUGUGGUUGUAUAGGUAGCUUAUUGGGUUCUAAGUUGUCUACCAUUUUGCAGUUUAUAUUUGUUGUAUUCUGCAGCUAGCGUGAUUGUUAUUGGUUAAAGUUUGUUAAUAUUUUUGUAAUCAGAUCAAACACAGAUCUUGUGGUUGUGUUAUUCAUCUAUAGUUUAUUGUUGGUUAUAAAUCUUUAUCCGAGUGAUUUUAACUUA